GUAGGGCCCACAGAUGGCUAGUACGGCUAUGGGCUUGCUGACGGUUUUCAGCAGCUCUAGUGCUUCGGGCAAGAGUUGCAACUUGGGGUUUGCCUCGUCCUCUGCAACUACUGGGAAAAGUGUUCCUUCCUCUUUGUUCCAUUGAUAGUUGCUCUGAUGAACGAGAGGAAUGGCGGUAGGCAACUUGGAGGAGCCACGUGGGAGAUGGAGAUCUAAAGGGCGAAACAUCGGGCUUGACAGAAGGAAGAGGACGGGGGUGGGGUCCAACAGCACACAUGAACGCGCAUGCGCGGUUUUACUAGACAAUCAUGUGACACGACCCUGUUGUUUGUUGUGGCGAAUUAGAAGAUGGAUUUUCCGUCUGAAGUGUGUACAGAGUGCUUCGAAAUAAGUGGUAAAAAUAAAAGCGAAGUACCUCGUUUAUUGGCAUCAAAGUGUUUAGAGAAAACACGACAUAAGUGUGUGACGGUACGAGUGCGGGAGGUGGAUGGUGUCUUGGAGCCCGAAAUCCGUCCGGUACCCCGGGCACAUUUCAAAGGAGAAUUUUUACUCUGCGAUCCGGAGAAGUGCCGUCGGUUGAAAAAGGGUGAAACGUGUAAUUUCCCUCACUGCUUCAAAGAGAAGGCAGCAUGGAAUGCCGAAAAGUUCGGGGUUAUCGCCUUUCUGUCGCUGGUAACCAAAACCCCGACCUCUCCUCCGUCUACUCCUAUAAAGAUAGGCUCAAAUUCAAGUAUCAAAGAUGCGCCAAAGCCAAAGGAUCUCUGGCCAGAUUUUCAUGGAUUUGGAGCCAAAACUCUUGAGGAGCUUAGAAAAGACCAUCAUCAAGUAACUGCCUCAGCAACAUCUGGUGCUGCUGAACACAAUGUUCUGCAAGUUACCAGCAACACUUCUGCUGUCAUUCCUCGACAAGAACUUCGACCAUUGACCGUUGAUACAAGCCGUCCUCUUGUUCCUUGGCAACCUCCCGACCCAGUCACUGCCUCUCCUCAACGUCAGCCAUCGCAUGAACAUCGACCAUUGACUGUUGAUACAAGCCGUCCUCUUGUUCCUUGGCAACCUCCCGACCCAGUCACUGCCUCUCCUCGGCGGCAGCCAUCAUAUGCACACAUUGCAUCUGGAAAAGCUAGAACAAGCAGCCUGUCACCAUCACAGACACAAACUGCUCAGGCCAUUUCAUCACAACAAAGUCCUGUACGACCAAGGCAAAUGUCGCAGUCUUCCCCAGUACAACAAAUUUCUCCCCAGUCUAGGCAAACACUGCCAGCAUCAACACCACAACAAGUUUCUCUAGAGUCAAAGCAUGCACUACCAGCAUUCCCGCCGACAAGACGUCAACUACGGACAUCUUUACUGCAACAAGUUCCUCUUCGGCCAAUGCAAAAGUCAGCAUCGCUACCACAAGAAAUGCCUCAAGCACCAAAGCAAGCAGUGGUUGGAUCCCCACCACAACUGGAGCCAAGGCAAACACUUUCAGCAUCCCAACCACAACAAUUGGGCAAAAAAGCGUGGAAAACAUUACCAUUGACUUCUCUACAACAGAAGCCUAUAGCCAUACCACAAGCCAAACACAGCCCUGCAACAGGAAAGAGAGAAAGGCACUCACAUAUUCUUCACCAACCCCUUGCAACUGGCACUUACCAUCACAGGUUCAAUGAAUUACUCAAGCUGGAAGAAAUGGCUCAUGCAGAGCUACUAAAUGACAGGUGUGAUGGAAAGUAUAAACUGUGCCUACUUCCAGCUGGGCAAACUCCGGGGGAGGUUAGGGUUGAUGCAAAACCGGUCCAUUUUAGAUUCGGCUACAUCAAGGGAAUGGGUUGUGAUGAGGUGGGUUAUGCUACCCAGUCAGCUAGUGGAGCAGUCGUUACGAUGGGAGGCGAAAAUAUCAAGUGUGAUAUUCUUCGAGAAAACAUGUACCAUUCAGAAGAACGACUGUAUAUUGCUUUCACUAAAGAGGUCAAGCAAAUGCUCCUCGCGUGUGUAGGAAAUUCAAGAACUGCCUUUAUAUCUCCGACUCCCCUUGCAAUUCAGUUCCUGUUAAAAUACUCGUACUUUCGCUCACUUAAAAAUGCAAUUCGGGAUGUCCCAAAAAAUGUCAUUUCACGCAUUCUACCUCAACGUUCUAGCUUUCCGCAAACACUGACAUUAGAAAACAGCACGCGUUCCCUUGAAACCUAUUGCUCCUCUGACCAGUACGAAGCUCUAAAGAUAAUUGCUUCAACACCUGCAUCCGGUCCUCCUGUUCUCAUUGCUGGACCCUUCGGCACCGGUAAGACUCGAGUCCUUGCAAUUGCUGCACACUACUUUCUUCAGAAAAGUGUGCAAGACGGGAAUCGCCUCGCUAUAUUGGUAUGUACUCAGCAACACGUGUCAGCAGAUGCCUUCCUUCGAAUGUACACUGACCUCACCCCUGGAAAAGAAGAUAUUACAAUCAUUAGACUCAUUCCUAUAUAUUACCACCAGAGAAACGACUUCAUGAAACAUUUCUACAGAACAGUGGAUAAUUUUAGAAAGGAUAUGGAGCGAAACUCCCACCGAAAUCGUUUACGCUAUCUCAUUGUCUCGACAUGCCUAACGGCCAAGCGUAUUGGGGAAUAUCCCCCAGUUCUUCCUUCGUGGUUUUUCACACACAUCUUUCUAGAUGAGGGGGCGCAGAUGAGGGAGCCUGAAGCAGUAGCCCCUCUCUGUAUGGCAGAUGAAAAUACAAAGCUCGUGAUCGCCGGUGAUAGGUUUCAGGUUGGUCCAGGAAUGCUGGUGUUGGGGGAGGAGCCACAGAAGUACGGUCUCUCCGUAUCUCUCCUGGAGCGGCUCUAUGAUCUCUACCAGGAUCUGGGAGACGUAGCAAAACCCUACUGUGCCCAUCUCUCCACCAACUUCAGAUGCCAUUCUGCAAUCCUCAACCUGGCUCGGCAGGUGGCCUACAAAACAACCCUGAGGUGCAAUGUUCCUGACCUUUCAGCUCAUCCAGAUGCGCCAUUUCCACUGCUCUUCGUGUGCACCAGUCUUGACCACAAUGUCAAAGAAACAAAGGACAGCCUCUCAAAGGUUGAAGUUAAUGCUGCCCUUAAUAAAGCUUCCCAGAUUUUCAUGAAAUGGCCGGACAGCACAUGGGGAAAAAGAGAUCUCAGAGAGAUAUGCUUUCUUUCUCCUUGCAGGGGACAGGUUACUCUUGCCCGCGACAUAAGAGAUAAGAAUUUGCCUCCACAAGUGAGAAGCGUUCGAAAACUGGCUACCUAUAACAUUCAAGGUCAAGAGUUUAGGGCACUGUUCAUAAGCACCUCAGAGCCCACUACGCCAGACGGAGAAACGCGCGAUGCCACAAAGAGCAUCUCAGACCCAGCAGUCUUCAUUACUGCCAUCACUCGGGCCAGAUCACUGGUGGUGGCUGUGGGGAACCCAUUCAUGCUACUCCGGAGGGAAGAGCACAUGGUGAAGAAGUACGGAGACCGUGGCCACUGUUGGAGCCACUUCCUUAAGGCCUGCAUUGACAACGGAACACUCUCAGUCUACCAUUCAUCUGAGAGCAGGUCUGCUCUCUUAGAAAAGAUGGUAAAUGAAAGAGUCUCAAAACUUUACAUACUGGAACCAGUCCAGAGUUCAGUUAAUGCGACUUUUGAGACAGCUCCAACAAUUGAUAUUGUUCCAAGUACACCCACACAGGCUACACAGUCAGCUGCUGUUGUUCAACCUACUGAAGAAAGGUCAUCAAUGUCUAAUGAGUUCAAAGACUACGUUGUGAAAGAAGAAUUAGGAAAAGGCGGAUUUGGAGUUGUUUGUCGUGUGCAGUACAAGAUUGACAGGAAUGAAUAUGCUCUCAAAAUUGUUAGAAUUAAGGACAAUCCAGAAAAGGUGGAGCGAGAAGUCAGGGCGUUGGCAAAACUAAGCCACCCCAACAUCGUUCGUUACUACCACUCCUGGAAGGAAAAAGCACCAAGAAAUUGGCAACAUAUUUCGCCAUGGAAAUACCUCCCGAGCAGUGACUCUGCAUCCUAUCCGAGUGAGAGACUGACAGGAGAAACUGUGAGCCAGGCAGACGCCCAAGAAGCCAGUGCAAACAUCAGUCCACAAGUCAGCUCUCAUUCGUCAGGGCUGGCAACACAAGAUGAUUCUGAUUCAAAUGUUACAUUUCGAGACUCUUCAUCUGACACGCAGCAGUAAAGAGUACACUUAGAACUACAAUACCCUCCCUGAGAGUUUGAAUGAGUUUUGUGGCCCCAUGCUUAAAUAAAUACUUCAAAGUAUAAACCUUCAGUGCAAUGAACGUGCACGUGUAGCGUUGAUGUGAACUUUAUGCAUGCACUUUUAUGGGCAGUGAUUUUAGCUCUAACAAAGACUAGCUCUAUCAGUGAGUAGCGAGCGCUUACAGCAAUGCUGGACUAUCCCUCAAGUAACUUUAUCCCUCAGCGAUGCGCUGAAUGGGCUAAACCUAGUUGAGGUAAACCAGUGCUUAUCGUGCAGCUUAGCUUUUCGUGUGGCCUGUAGUACCAGAAUAAGUGUCGACAGACAGACACACAGCAGACAGUCAAACAACCCUCGCUCCACAUGUGCAGCGAGGGUUAACAAUAAGUCACAUGUUUGCUUACAGUUUGUAUCCUGAGGGAGGAAUGAGGCUUGAUCCACAGCCGCCAGUCUGCCUGUGUAUCAAGACAGAGCUGUGUCACAAAGAAACACUGAAGUCAUGGCUGAACAAGAACAAAGAUAACAGACGUCGGGUUGAAAUCACAAACUGGUUUGUGGAGUUACUGGAGGGUGUGAAGUUCAUUCAUAGUCAAAGCCUGAUGCAUAGAGAUCUGAAGCCUUCCAAUAUCUUCUUCUCCAUAUCACCCACUGACAGCGAAAGGAACAUAAAAAUUGGUGACUUUGGUCUUGUCACUACAUCACAAGGUUCUUUUGGUGAAGCUGCACCCCCAAAAAGUCAAUACGUGGGCACAAGUUUCUAUGUCAGCCCUGAGCAGGAGCAGAAAAUACCUUAUGGGAAGAAGGUUGACAUUUAUGCAUUGGGCAUCAUUUACUUUGAAAUGAACUGUCCUUUUGGUACUGAAUCAGAACGCUGCAAGGUCCUUAGUGCAUUGCGCAGCAAAGGAAGUUUCCCUCCAGCCUUUGAGGUCAAUCUUCCCCUUGAAGCUGGCAUUAUACAGUGGAUGUUAACUGAGGACCCAGGCCAACGGCCAUCAGCUGAAACAAUUGCCUCAAGCCCAAGAAAGAAGAAGCUGGUGAAGAAUGCAAAGACAAGACAGAGUAAAGCCACCAUUCCUCGACUCUAGAGUGAUAGGCCCUGGCAUAAUUAAUAUUGUUCCUAAAUUUCUUUCCCACACUUUCCCUCUAUUUUUCAACAAAUCUACUCAAUAAUGAAAGUGAAUUUGUCGUCAGAAGAGAAU